CCCUGCCUUUCCACACCACACCUGUAUAUAUACGCGCGCCGCGGCUCCGCCUCUCGUCGCAGCCGGCCGGACUUGUUCUUCUUCUUCUUCCUGUUCGUUCCUUCACAAGGCGGAGAGCUCCUUCCUUUGAUCGAUCCCCCGCUGCAAUCCGAAUCCCAUCGCAGAGCAGGAGCGACAGGAGGUCCGUCGACCCGUGGUGUUCGGUUGGAGAUUUGACUGUCGCUGCUGCAAUGGCCGCCGCCGCUCCAUGUCUGGCGCCGGUGCCGUCCCCGUCCCAGUCCCCUGCCACGUCGCCGACGGCCGCGUCGCCCAAGGCCGGCGACAGGAAGGUGGUGCCGCUGACGGCGGCCGACGAGGUGGAGCUGGAGGAGAAGCACGUGCUGGCGGUCGACGACAGCUCCGUCGACCGGGCCGUCAUCGCCAAGAUACUACGCAGCUCCAAGUACAGAGUGACCACGGUCGAUUCGGCGACGAGGGCGCUGGAGCUGCUUGCACUGGGCCUGCUGCCGGACGUGAACAUGAUCAUCACGGACUACUGGAUGCCCGGCAUGACCGGGUACGAGCUCCUCAAGCACGUCAAGGAGUCGUCCAAGCUCAAGGAGAUCCCGGUGGUGAUCAUGUCGUCGGAGAACGUGCCCAACCGGAUCAGCCGGUGCCUGGAGGAGGGCGCCGAGGACUUCCUCCUCAAGCCCGUCCGCCCCUCCGACGUCUCCCGGCUCUGCAGCCGGAUCCGAUGAUCGGCCCCCCGGCGGAGUCCGCUAGGACUGAUAAUUUACGCUUAGGAAACCAUUUUUUGCUGUUUCUUUUCCCCAUUUUUUGGACAUAGAUGACAGAUCUGCUGAUGCUGCUUGCCUCAAACAAGAAGCUAACAUUUGGGGCCUAGGGAGACUAGAAGGUUAGGAGUGGGGGAUCGAACAGAGCAUUUGUGCUUUGCUUUGCGUGCGCCAUCGUGUGACCCGCUGCUGCAAAAGAGAAGAUGCCAAAAGCGAAAAGGAGCAGAGUUCCUCUGAGAUGCUGUUCUGUUCAGAGAAACCUCUCAACCUGUUGAUUGAAAAAAAAAAAGAAAAAUUGGCAUCAGGGCAGGGCAACCCUGUUAACCUUUCCAUGAUCGGAGCUUUUCACACCAGUUUUCCAGGAUUAGCAGUUACUAAUUCUGCCCACUUCUCAUUUCUUGGUAACCCACAUGGCUGAUUCCUCUUCAUCUGUCUGUCCAUGAUUGAUUGAUAGCUAAUCAAUAACGCAGAUGGUUGGGCUCUGCCAUAGCA